ACCGGGACCUUAGUCCGGGAGUUCUGAGACCCAGGAGACAUGGCCGCCCCCCAGGAAACGGAGAUCUGGAAAGACGUGCAGGACUACUACGGACAGGUGCUGAAGAAAUCAGCAGACCUCCAGACCAAUGCCUGUGUCACUCCAGCCAGACAGGUUCCCAAGCACAUCCGGGAAGCCCUGCAAAAUGUACAUGAAGAAGUAACCUUGAGGUAUUACGGCUGUGGUAUAGUGGUCCCGGAGUGUCUGGAAAACUGCUGGAUUUUGGACCUGGGUAGUGGGAGUGGCAGAGAUUGCUAUGCACUGAGUCAACUGGUUGGUGAGAAGGGACAUGUCACUGGAAUAGACAUGACAGAAGGUCAGGUAGACGUGGCUAAAAAGUACAUUGCAUAUCACAUGGAAAGAUAUGGCUUCCAGACACCCAAUGUGACUUUUGUUCAUGGCUACAUAGAGAAGUUGAAAGAGGCUGGAAUCAAGAAUGAGAGUUAUGAUAUUGUUAUAUCAAAUUGUGUCAUUAACCUUGUGCCUGAUAAACAAAAAGUGCUACAGGAGGUAUAUCGAGUGCUAAAGCACGGUGGGGAGCUAUACUUCAGUGACGUCUAUGCUAGCCUUGAAUUGCCAGAAGAAAUCAGGAAACACAAAGUUUUAUGGGGCGAGUGCCUCGGAGGUGCUUUAUACUGGAAGGAUCUUGCCGCCCUUGCCCAAAAAAUUGGCUUCUGCUCUCCACGCUUGGUCACUGCCCAUCUCAUUACAAUUCAAAACAAGGAACUAGAGAGUGUGACUGGUGACUGUCGUUUUGUUUCUGCAACAUUUCGUCUCUUCAAACUCCCUAAGACAGGACCAGCCAAAAGAUGCCAAGUUAUUUACAAUGGAGGACUCACAGGACAUGAGAAAGAACUAAUAUUUGAUGCAAAUUUCACAUUUAAGGAAGGUGAAAUUGUUGAAGUGGAUGAAGAAACAGCGGCUAUCUUGAAAAAUUCACGAUUUGCCCAAGAUUUUUUGAUCAGACCAAUUGGAGAGAAGUUGCCAACAUCUGGAAGUUGUUCUACUUUAGAAUCAAAGGAUAUAAUCAUGGAUCCAUUCAAGCUUGCAGAGGAAUCUGACAACAUGAAGUCCAGAUGUCCCCCUGAUGUUGCUAGCAGCAGCUGUGGCACAAAGAAGUGCUGUUAAAACUGCAGCAGAUCAAUAGAUAGCAGGCGGGAGACUAAGGAAUGUGUUGCACAUGUCUCUUAACCUGCUUUUCACCUAGUACAGACCAUACGAAAGAAUAAAAGGCAGAAAGCCAUGGUGUUCUAGGUCACUGAUAAAAAUCAGUGAUUUAUAUUUAGAAGGUAUUAAUGAAGAUUCAUGCAAAUCACUUAAAGACCUCUUGAGCAAUUUUUCUGUUUCUUGCUUACGUCAAAGUUCUGCCGCCACCUAGUGGUCAGACAUGGAAAUGAGAAGCAGUGUUACUGCUUUGGCUGACAGUGACCUUCAAGAAAGGCUUCAGAAAUAGCAGUUGGUAGAGAGUUUCAAGAAAAAUUCUGACCUGGCAGCACCUUUUGGACUUUUACUACGUAUUCUCAUUAAAUCAGGCUCCUACUAAAAUCAUGCUAAUCAUGCCAAGAGAUUGCCAAAUCAUAGUGGGUAUGAGUGUUCUUGAAGUAACUGGUCUUUUAAACCAACUUUUAAAAUUGUAAUUAAAUGAAAACAAAUGAUAAUAAUUUUUUUUAAAGAUUUAUUUAUUUAUUUGUUUGUUUGUUUAAUUAUUUAUACAACCACUGGGUACAGUCAGAAGCACGGGAAGGUGAGAGAAUUCACCAGAGCCAGAGCGGGGAGCGGAGUAGGCAGAAGGACCAAAGUACACU